AUGGCAGAAGAAGCCAUUCGAAUCCCUUCCAAAGACCUCACACAGCAUCCCACAGCCCACGAUGCAUCCUCCUCGAACCAUUCCUCCACAACCGCCAUCAACCACCCCUCCCCUGUACAAGACCCCCUCCACCGCACAACCACCUACGAAGACCUCAUCAACCUCCCCAUCCGCACCCUCAGCAACACCGCCAACCUCGCCGAAUACACCCAAGAAACCGCAACCGGCCACCUACCCCACCACGUCCGCUCCCCAGCCGGCAACACCCAACGCUACGAGCUCGUCACAUUUACCCUGAACGACGCGCAGAACCCGCGCAACUGGAGCCGGACCAAGAAGUGGUGGUGCACAACAUGUGUAGCGCUGACGUGCUUUGUCGUCGCCUUCAAUUCUGCCGUCAUCAGUGCGGACAUGGAGGGUGUGAGCGCCGAGUUUGGCGUCAGUGAGGAAGUGUCGCUGUUGACGAUUACGCUGUUUGUGGUGGGGUUUGGGAUUGGGCCCAUGGCGUUUGCGCCGUUGAGUGAGGUUCUUGGUCGUAAGCCUGUUUAUGUGGUUACUUUGGCUUUGGCCGUUGUCUUUACGAUCCCGGGCGCGGUGGCCGGUAGUAUCGCGACUUUGCUGGUGACGCGGUUUCUGGCUGGAGUGGCGUUUUCGGCGCCCAUGUCGUUGGUCGGCGGGACGUUGGUGGAUAUGUGGAGUAAUGAGGAGAGAGGUGUAGCCAUGGCUUUUUUCUCGGGGGCUCCAUUUGCAGGGCCGGGGGUAGGACCUUUGGUUGGUGGCUAUCUCAGCGAUGCUGCUGGUUGGCGUUGGCUCUACUGGAUCCAGCUUAUUCUCAGUGGCAUAGUGUGGUGCCUGAUUACCUUUACAGUUCCCGAGACCUAUACCCCUCGCCUACUCGCCGACCGGGCCAAGAAAUUACGCAGAGAAACGGGUGACGACAAGUAUGUUACCGAGCAAGAGCUGGAUCUACGACCCUUUAGCCAACGCAUGUCGUUGUUCCUCCUCCGACCCUUCCAGCUUCUCUUCCAGGAACUCAUCGUCUUUCUCAUCUCACUGUACAUGUCGGUUCUCUAUGGCUUGCUCUACAUGUUUUUCGUCGCCUACCCGAUUGUCUAUCAAAAGGGUAAAGGCUGGUCCGCCAGUUCCACCGGCCUCAUGUUCAUUCCUUUGAUUUGCGGCGUUCUCGCAUCCGCGGCCUGCGCCCCCUUUGUGAAUACACACUACCUUGAACUUUCCGCUAAACACAACGGCCACCCGCCAGCAGAAGUCCGCCUUAUUCCCAUGAUGCUAUCCUGUUGGUUCAUCCCCAUUGGCGUCUUCAUCUUCGCGUGGACCUCAUAUCCCAAUCUUCACUGGGCGGGACCCGCAUUUGGUGGAUUCGCCGUCGGAUUCGGAUUCAUCUUCCUGUACAACGCGGCCAACAACUACCUGGUGGACUCGUACCAGCAUCAGGCUGCUUCCGCGUUAGCUGCCAAGACCUUCCUGCGCAGCUUCUGGGGUGCCGGCGUGGUGCUGUUUACCAACCAGAUGUAUGAUCGACUGGGAGAUCAAUGGGCGAGUAGUCUGCUGGCUUUCAUCGGAUUGGCGUGCUGCGCAAUCCCAUUUGUGUUUUACUUCUAUGGCGCCAGGAUUCGUGCAAGGAGUCAUUACGCGUUCAGCGAGGACGAGGAAAGCUUCGGGGAGAAGGAUGCUGCUUAG